GCCCCCUCCCCGCGGCGCUCGGCUCCCGGCGCAGCCUCUGCGGGAAGUCGGGGCCGUGGUUUCUGGAGAACCCCGAGCGGGAGGAUCUCGCCCCCUCAGCACCAGCGAACCUGAAGAUGUUCAGAUCAACGUGGAAUUUUUUGAAACGUCACAAAAAGAAAUGCAUCUUCCUGGGCACCGUCCUUGGAGGGGUGUAUAUCCUGGGGAAGUAUGGACAGAGGAAAAUCAGAGAAAUACAAGAAAGGGAGGCAGCAGAGUAUAUUGCUCAGGCUCGGCGACAGUAUCAUUUUGAAAGCAAUCAGAGGACUUGCAACAUGACAGUGCUGUCCAUGCUUCCCACUCUGAGAGAGGCCUUAAUGCAGCAGCUCAAUUCUGAGAGCCUCACAGCUUUGCUGAAAAACAGGCCAUCAAACAAGCUAGAAAUAUGGGAAGACCUAAAGAUAAUAAGUUUCACGAGAAGCAUCGUGGCUGUGUACAGCACCUGUAUGCUGGUGGUUCUUUUGCGGGUCCAGUUAAACAUAAUCGGUGGAUAUAUUUACCUGGAUAAUGCAGCAGUUGGCAAAAAUGGCACGACAGUUCUUGCUCCCCCUGAUGUCCAGCAGCAGUACUUAUCAAGUAUACAGCACCUCCUUGGAGAUGGUCUCACAGAAUUAGUCACUGUCAUUAAGCAUGCUGUACAAAAGAUUUUAGGAAGUGUUUCUCUUAAACAUUCUUUGUCUCUUCUGGAUUUGGAGCAAAAACUAAAAGAGAUCAGAAGUGUGGUUGAGCAGCAUAAUUCUUCUUGGAUCAGUAGAGAUGGAUCCAAAUCCUUACUGUGUCACUACAUGAUGCCAGAUGAAGAAACGCCGUUAGCAGCCCAGGCUUGUGGGCUUUCUCCCAGGGAUAUUACCACUAUUAAACUCCUCAAUGAGACCAGAGACAUGUUGGAAAGUCCAGACUUCAGUACGGUUUUGAAUACCUGUUUAAACAGAGGAUUCAGUAGACUUCUAGACAACAUGGCUGAAUUCUUUCGACCUACUGAACAGGACCUGCAACAGGGAAACUCUAUAAAUAGUCUUUCCAGUGUCAGCUUGCCAUUAGCAAAGAUAAUUCCAAUAGUAAAUGGACAGAUCCACUCAGUUUGCAGUGAAACACCCAGUCACUUCGUUCAGGAUCUGUUGAUGAUGGAACAAGUGAAGGACUUUGCUGCUAAUGUGUACGAGGCUUUUAGCACCCCUCAGCAACUGGAGAAAUGACUUUUCCUUGGGAGAACCUGCAAUGGGACUCACUGGCAUUUAGAGCACUGAUGACUAUCUAUACCCAGAGUGAAAUGCCUAAUAAAAUUCAUUCUUAAUCAAAGUCUUCUUUUCAGAAUGAGGUAGAUUUAUUUGGCAUCUCCAUACAUGUUUUUAUCUCAUCAAUAGACCAGUGUUUGAGGCCCAUCUAAACCAUAGUACAUGCAGCCCAGAUCUCAGAGCUGUUUGGAGUUUGUUACACCGUGGAUAUUUGAACAAAAAUGACUAAAACUGAUGUAGAUACUUUUAUACAUAUAGUAUGAAAUGCAGUAUACUUGGAUGUUAAUAAUGAGGGAAAUCUGUUUGAGAAAUAGGUCUGUUAUACAUGAACUUUGAAAAAUAUGCUGUUAACUAAUCAUGAAGUUUCCUGGCCUCUGGUAACUUUUCUCAGGUUGCCACUUGGAGGAAUAAAUUAUUUGUCUCAAAUACACCUCGCUGGAGGACUUUUCUUCUAGAAAUCAGUGAUUUUUACUACGCUUUGCUAUUUUUCUCUUCCCUGUUUUUUUUUUUUUCUUUUUGUUUUGCAAUAUUUCCUAGAGCUUUGUUAACAAGCCUGAGAAAGUUGCAAAUUGAUUUUCAGGCUGAAGUCAAGUUUGAUGCUGUUUACUCACUUUAUUCAUUUGUAUGUAAAUAAUUUUAAUAACUUGCUUUGUAUUGAUUUUGAGAACAAUAAAUAUCUUGUUGCAAUAAACUAUUUUAAUACGA